AUGUGCCAACCUACCUACGAUUUCGACAGUCGUGGCAAACGCUAUAGGGCGGGAUGGACCUUCUGCACCCGCGCGCUGAUUAAAGACGCCGUCACUGAGUUGACGGGCCGCGAGCUCCGCCGCCUCCGCCGCCUCUUCCUGGACGAAGAGGCCGACUACUACCGCCGCCGCCUGGAGCACGAGGCCGAAUACUGCCGCCGAUGCCUGGAAGACGAGGCCGACUACUGCCUCGAACCCCCCAUCUCAGGGCCCUCAUUUUCAAACUCCCGCUCUAGGGAUUACUGCUACGGUUGCGGCGAACGUGAGCGUUCUUAUUCUCAUUAUUCGUCUUCCCGCUUCGGCUCCUAA